CGCUAAAGUUAUCAGUCACACUUUUAUUGAAGCUCUUAAUUUUAUUCAAAAUGAAUGCCUUUUUAAAGCAAUUAAUUAUUUUAAUUAUCGGGAAUAUACUUAUUUCCACUGUAUAUUGUGAUGAAACGAUGGAGUUGACAUGCACUACUGAUGAAGAUUGCAAAUCAUUCGAGAACAAGUUUAUAUAUUCUCAAUGUGCUGAUGAUGCCUGCAUUUGUCAAAAUAGGAAGGAUUCUACAUGGGCAGAUUGUUCACCGACCGUUGAAAGUGUUGAAAAUGAAGAUGUUAAAGCAACCAAAUGUAAAGCACCAAAUACUGAAUUCAGAAUUGGAAUGUGUCGUACCAAAGUUGUUCAAUUGGGAAAAGCAUGUGAAGAAAAUUUGCAAUGUAAUCGUAAUGAAUGGAACUCUGAAUGUAUUAAUGAAGUCUGUGUUUGUAAGAAUCAUUAUAUGGAGGUUGAACAUGCUUGUCGACCCAUUAUUCAAUCUGAUAAAUGCACAAAAGACGAACAAUGCCCAGAACAUGCUGAAUGUUUUGAAAGCAAGUGUAUUUGUAAUAAGGGAUUCAUCAACUCAUUAGACCAUAAAACUUGCCUUCCAUUCCGCGCAUACAAUGAAACAUGUGAAGAAACAGACCAAUGCUUUAUGAAGUAUAGUCAUGGUGCUACUUGCAAAAAAGGUAUUUGUUCAUGCAUGAGCAAUUAUGCUGUAACUGAAAAAGAAGGAGCUAUUUCAUGCCGUAGAACUGCUUUUGUUGGAGAUACAUGCUUUGAUCACAACGAUUGCUUCAGCGAUAAGAUUCAAUUGUAUUGCAACAAUUAUAUAUGUACAUGCAGCGAAUCUCCUGAAAAAAAUGUAGCAUCAUGCAAAAAGCCAGUCAACAAGGAUGGACCCCAUGCAUCGCCAUUAACAUCAGGAGCUGCUUCAAUUAAAGUUUUUAAUACGUUAUUUGUCAUAUUUUUUGCUAUCUUAAUUGUCUUGUAAAUUUAAUUAAUUAAUUCUGUAACCUAAAAGUUCAAUCAAACAUCCAUGGAAGUAAAAUAAAGCAAAAUUGUCUAUUGUGAUCGUU